UUAGAGCCGGCGGGUGAUCAACGUCGGCCACCAAACCUGACCUCACGAUCGGUGUCCACAUUCUUUUGAUUGCGAAACGCUGCCGUAAGCUUUUCGUUGAACUUUGUGCCUUUGGUGUAUAAAUUCGACUCCGAAUUCCACCUCUGAACACCAUCGAAACAUCAUAAUCUCAUUGCUUUUGUUCAAAUCUUUUCUUGUUCAGCCUCUUCAGAGAAAGAUAGUCAUGUCUCAGACCACAGUCCUCAAAGUUGCUAUGUCUUGUGAAGGAUGUGUUGGGGCAGUGAAAAGAGUUUUGGGAAAACUGGAAGGUGUGGAAACAUAUGACAUUGAUUUGAAGGAACAGAAGGUGACUGUCAAAGGAAAUGUACCGCCAGAUACGGUUCUGCAGACUGUAUCCAAAACCGGGAAGAAGAGCGCCUUUUGGGACGCCGAGGGAACUGCCAGCCAAGCCUAAAACUGUAGUAGUUACCUGAGUCAUUGUUGCAAAUGUUAAUUGGGUAGUACUUCUAGCCAAAAAAAGUUGGUGGACUAUCAAUAAUUGUACAACUUGUAUUCUGAUGUAUUAUGUAUAUGCUGUGAUCUCAUGGUACUGUAUGUUUUUGUAAUCAACCUUAUCAUACAAAUCUUGCAGAACGCAGCUGAUUGACCAGAAAUUGGCUCUCGUUGAUUGAUUGACGAACUUUAGGCUUAUGUUAAUAUUACUCUGUCAUUGAUUUA